CAGCAUCAGCAGCAUCAGGAUCUGGCAAGUUCGACGGCGACGGCGAACAACAACAACAACAACAGAGACGACGACGACGGACGAACGACGAGCAGCGGCAUCCAUACACUCCUGAGUACAGCUAGAGGAUGGUGUUGAAGCUACUGGAGGCAUCGUCAUAAUUUCCUGUCCAUACAACCCCCACCGCACUCUCGCUCAUUGUCAGAAAACUGUUUGACUGACCCUCCGACAUGCCUAUCAAACCACUUACUCACCUUCGUCCCCUUCUCCGUCUCCCAACAUCACACCAACCCUCUCCCGAGCACUUCUCCUCCAACCCUUCUCUCCUCCACCAUCUCUCUUCAUCUCCGAAUCAAGGACUCUCUUUAGCCGGCCAACAUGCGCCUUCGAGCGGUAGUGCAGGUGGAAGCAGUGGUGCUGGGAAAGCAGGAUGGGGAAAUAGUGGAGCAGGCGCAGGCUCCGGCGGAUACACAGGACACGGACGAGCUUUCUUAUCCUUGCCGCAUACUGGGAUCGUCGACCCUUCAUCGUCCAUCACAUCUUCUCCAUCCGACGACCAACAGCGCAAAUCUUCACCUCAAGCUGGCCUCUUGUUGAAGCACCGUCUGGCGCGUCAAACACGCAUAGUCCAGCUGGAGGAGCAUGCUCGAAAAGUGCACAGGGAGAUCGAGGCGAGAGCUGGAAGCAAUAGCAGGAUAGGCGUGAUCGAUCUCGACGAAUUCUCUCCGCCGCUCAGACAGAGCUCUUUAGUCGACACCUUACCAGAGCCGGAGCUCUCUUCUCACUCCUCUCGCCUUACUUUCCCGCCGCCGGUCGCUGGACCGUCAACACCUCCCCGCCACCGUACCCCAACCCUCCAAUCCCCUUCUCAUUCCAGAUCUUCCACACCGUCUCAAUCUCGCUCCUCCUCACGCCCAAAUGCGCUGCAUAGGUCUCAAUCCAGUAUAGACUUGUGGCAUGUCGGCGUGCCUCGACGCAUGUCAUUACGGGCACUCUCCACAACUCCCGAACCUCCCUUACCAACGGAAGAUCGCAAUGACGCUCUGGACCUUUCCGUCGCGUGCAAAGAUUCGAGCGAGCCAUCUCGCCCAUCCACCCGACCCACUCGCCACCUCAUGGACCUUGCCGGAGCUGAUUCACAUCGGUCUCGCCCCGACCGAACCUUUGUCAGACGGAACAGCACCGCUUACAUGCCACAAUCAGAGCCAGAUGGUUCCGCCGUAGAAGCCGACGUGUCUGAGGAACACACAGACCGAUCUUCAAGCCAACUUUCAGCAUUCAUUGCUGAACUCGAGAACGCAGAUGCCUCCGUCGAUCGAGUUAACCGACUGAUCUCCUAUUUCCGCUCAAAACGGACCCCAGAAGUUCUUAGAUCGCAAUUCCCUGAUCUGGCUGAAGAGCUGCCUCUGCCUCAAAGACACCCUAGGACAAUCUAUAAUGCGUGCCUGCGCCGGAUGCUCGCCCUUCGACGACCAGGGCAGUCUAUUUCGGAGAUAGUCGAUGUCUACAAUGAAAUGCUCGCGAAUCAUUGCCGACCCGAUAAUCGCACCUACGUCUUUCUGUUCAGAGCGUUCACCGAGAGAGCGAUCGACGUCUCACGAGCCAUCUCCAGUUGGGAAUCUACCAAGGCUUGGGAAGUAUGGUGUUCUGAGACCUUUGGAACAGAAUUGGAUACCGCCGCACACAAAGCAAAGGAUGCAACCAUCCAAGCAUACCGAUCCGAAACCAAUAUUUCCAACGCGUGUAAACUCGUCAAGGCGAUAGAGUUGCUCGGCGAGCGUCGCAAUACCCGACGCAAGGGUGAUGAUCGACCUCUAGGAAUGUUCUCGUACGAGACGUUUCAAUCUUUCCUUCUUGCUUGCUCCGUUAGUUCCAUCUCCCCCCAAGAUUUGGAAAUUAUCAAGGAGGUCUAUAUGCAGCAACAACAAGGCGACGAGACCAUCAACUAUGCUCGAGUGGUCAGAUUCGUCGCCGUCCUUCAACAGGCGAAUGACUUGCAGGGUGUCUCGGAUCUUUGGAACCUUGUAUUGCAACAAAGCGGAUCACCUCGAGAUCAAGAUGCCCCAGAGGGACCGAAAUUCGCGACCUAUGUACGAGCUGCAGAGGCAUUCAUCUCUCUUGGCGAGAUUGACAAGGGUCUAUCGAUUCUCAACUCGGUUGUGGACGAUGUCCGAGCUGGCAAAUACGACAGUGCGGACGUCAUGACAAGGGUCUCUACCAGCCUCGAGGCUCUGGUCAAGCAGAAUCGCUUAGACGACUUGCUUAGCGUUCACAACCGAUUCGUUGGAGCCGUACGCAGUCGCCCUGAAGCCUCCGAUUCCAUCCGGACAUACCCCAAUGCUGGUCUGGUGGACGCCCUCGUGAUUCGUGGUCAUUGGCGAGUCGCGUACGACCUUUUGGCGUCAUUCUUUGAUGGUCAAAUUACCAGCGCUGAGUCGCCCACUCUCCCUCCUAUCCACAGGAGUCGAUUAUAUGCUGGAAUCCUACGGGACAUCUCGCAGAACCGAGUCGACGAGGGAUCGGUUGUUGAACUUCUCGAAAAGUGUGCCAAGGUCGCUCGAGCAGGCUCUCGACCACUCCCACAAGAUGACGACGUUUUCAGGCUCCAUCUGCAAGUUCUCAUCAAGUAUGACCGAAUCGACCUAUUGCCGGAUCUGUUCGCCAAUUUUGUACGAAAGCGAACUCCUACAGCAGAGCAUUUUGCGGAUCUCGCGGCGAUCAUCCCUUUGCUCAUUCAAACAGACUCCCUGCACAUCCGACACGUGCUGCAGAUUCGAUCGGCGAUGGGCAAAUUCUUCUCAGGACGGCAAUUGACUCCAGAAGAUGCGCUAGCAAUUGGAUUACGAUACCUCGACGGGAGACGGAAAGCCUCUCACCUGUCCGAAGUCGUUAAGACUGCUGAGCAGUGGUCGAGCUUGAUCGAAAUGGUUUUGCGUUAUUCACCCAACGAGCCUGAGAUGGACGAAGUAUUGCUUCAGAUGGUCGAAGACAUGCAGAGCAACCUAGACUUUGCCUCGAACAUAUCCAACACCUCUCCUUCGCGCCAACUUGUCGAACGAUUGAUCCACCGAUUCGGUGAAGAGCGAGGCAAGGAAUUGACGUUGAUGGCAUUUGGACAAGAGCUCGGUUCAGAACAGCUCAAUAUUUGGACAGCGAUGCGACCUCUUCCAGUCCCGCCCCUGAGCUUAGAUGGUACAUCAGCAGAGUCAGCAGAAUCUGGGACAACCGAUUCGCAACCAUUCCGACCCAUUAGAAACGACAUGCCUCCCAUGGACACCAAUCACUUCACGCUUCCCCCUCCGCCUGAAUAUGUCGACUCGCUUCCCAAGCUCUCCCCGGUUGGCCGAAAUUUCUGGUUUUCUGAGUCUCUGAGCAAGUCGAUCGACAACCAAUAUGCUACGAGCAUAAAGUCUCGUAAACCGGUCAACACGGAUGCCAUCUUCAACCAAGUGGUGAAUGAAUUGCAACAGAACAGCAAAGUGCCCGGAGUCUACACGCUGGGCAAGUUGAUCGAAAACUUGUGCCGUGUCGAUUCGAACAACCCUGAAGCACGACAACAAGCUGAUCUUCGAGUCAGGCAGAUCUACGCUCUGGCUCAGGCUAGUCUGCAAGGCGCUUCUCCGUCAAGCCGUGGACCAUGGUUGGCUUUGGAAAAUGCCAUGAUUAUCGCCUGCUGCAAUUUGGGUCAUUUGGAAGAAGCUGGUCUGCAUCGCGCGCGAAUAAUUCAGAAUGGGAUGACCCCUUCGGCCGAUGCAUACGCCACGAUGAUAGCGUCAGCUAAGGACACGACGGAUGAUGCGACCGUUGCGACUCAAUUAUGGGAAGAAUGUCAACAUUUUGGCGUCGCACCGAACCUAUAUCUUUACAAUACCAUCAUUUCCAAGCUGUCCAAAGCGAGGAAAGCAGAAGCGGCUCUGGCUCUCUUCCAGGAGAUGAAGGACAAGCGGAUCACCCCUUCGUCGGUCACGUACGGUGCUGUCAUUAACGCAUGCUGCCGUGUUGGCGAUGGCCAGUCUGCCGCGACCUUGUUCAACGAGAUGGCUUCUCAACGUAACUUUAAGCCUCGUGUCCCGCCUUUCAACACCAUGAUGCAAUAUCACUUGACGACCUCGCCAAACCGAGAUGCGGUCCUGCACUACUACAAUGGGCUCGUUUCCACCGGUGUUCCUCCUUCAUCUCACACCUACAAACUCCUUCUCGAUGCCUUUGCUGUGCUCCCUCCGAUCGACAUUCAAUCCCUUGAACGGAUCUUCAACGAGCUUGUGGCGGAUCGUCGUGUGCCUGUUCAAGGCACUCACUGGGCAUCCCUCAUCACCGCUCACGGCAUCUAUAAUGCUGAUCCUGACAAGGCUCUGGCGAUUUUCCGAUCUAUCUCUGCUCAUCCUACGGCAGCUGUCAAUCUAGGAACCGAACCAGUCGUCUGGGAAGCCAUCCUCAACGUGACCUCGCAACAAGCAAGUGUAGAUCAAAUGGAACAGUUGCACCGAGAGAUGAUCGAGAGUGGCGCGCAGGCUACUGCAUACGUGUACAACAUCCUUAUCGGAGGAUACGCUCGUGCGGGUCAGAUUGACAAUGCUCGGUCCGUCUUCAACUCUAUGGGCGAUAGCGUCUCUGGAGUCGCGGCGCCGAACAAUCACCCUCAGCUUUUGACAUCGAGUGGUCAUGUGAAACCUAGUACAAUCACUGAUCAACCGACCCAUGUUGUGUACCGCGAGCCAUCGACGUACGAAGCGAUGAUUCGGGCGGAAUUGAGCAAUGGGACGAGGGAAAACGCCGAAUCCGUCUUGAGAAUGAUGGAGGCGAGGUGUUAUCCCGUCGCCGUGUUCAUGCGGGCCGAGCACCUCAUCUCGGAUCACAACGUGAGUGUGCCAUGGCACCGCCCUUCGUGAUAUCGCUCACCUGUUUUCUCCUUUUUUCGUGUCGAUUCUAGAUGCAGCAAGAUCUUCAUCCUGACCUCGGUCGAUCCGUUUUUGCUGAAAAGGCUCCAAGCACGCCACAACGUGACCUCAACUACACUACCACAACCGCACAGGAACCAUCCGCCGACUCCAAUCCGCAAUCGUCCCCUUCUUCCUUUUCUUCCUCGUCAUCUCCUCCUACAUCUCUCGACGGUCCGGAAGCCCUCACGCAGGAAGGGCAAGAAACAAAACUAUCAUCCCAGUCUCCAGCUUAGACACCAUUGACACACCACUCAAUUUACUGUAGAUCUACCUGCCUUGCCGGGACUUGGUCCCUUGUAUGUACAUUAGCCAGAUGGAAUACCGUUGCAAUAGCAUCAAACGAG